UCGAAGUGUUCCCCACGAAAACAGAGAGGAAGAAGAAAAGGUCUGUCAGUUUUGGUUGUCCAAAUUGAAAGGAACCAACCAAUAAAUCUCGUUUACUUCUCCACUAGGAAGCUUCCAUCAAUGGCGGACUUCAAUUACGCCUUCAUCUCUCUGGUUCUUCUUCUUCCUCUUGCACUACUCAUUUUCCUAUACCUAAUUGUUCGUCCUCGCUCCGUUAACAUUCCUUUGAAGAAUCGCCAUGUCUUCAUUACCGGUGGAUCGAGCGGAAUCGGGCUCGCGUUGGCACACCAGGCCGCAUCGGAGGGCGCGCGAGUCUCCAUUCUUGCGCGCUCUCUCAAGAAGCUCGAGGAGGCGAAGGACGCAGUCAGACUCUCCACUGGUAUUGAUGUGGCAGUCUUCGCUGCCGAUGUUCGAGAUUACGAUGCUAUUUCCAAGGCUGUAGAUGAAGCCGGGCCGAUUGACGUUCUUGUUGUGAAUCAAGGCGUGUUCGUACCUCAGGAGCUGGCAGAGCAGGAUAUGGAUGAGGUGAAAUUCAUGUUAGAUGUUAAUUUGUUGGGCGCAUUUCACAUGAUUAAGGCUGCCCUGCCUACGAUGAAGAAUAGAGUAGACCGUCGACCCGCCUCGAUCGCUCUCAUGUCUUCUCAGGCCGGUCAGGUGGGUGUUUAUGGCUACACGGCGUAUUCAGCUAGUAAGUUUGGGCUUCGUGGUUUGGCAGAAGCCUUGCAACAGGAGGUUAUAGGAGAUAACAUACAUAUUUCUCUUAUAUUCCCUCCAGACACUGACACUCCUGGAUUAGUAGAAGAGGAAAAGAGAAGGCCUGAAUUGACCAAUAUCAUUGCCGCUGGAGGAGGCAGGAUGAAAGCUGAGUUAGUUGCCAAAAAAGCUUUGAAUGGCAUUAAAUCUGGUAGCUUUAUAAUUCCCUGCAACUUUGAAGGAGCAUUAUUGUCCGUAGCAACUGCUGGCUUAUCUCCUCAGAGAUCUUUCUUGAUGGCAUUCCUUGAAGUUGUUACUGCUGGGAUAAUAAGGAUUGUGGGCUUGUGUUUUCAAUGGGUUUGGUAUGAUAGUAUUCAAAAAUGGCAUGCACAGAAAAAAAGAACCUAGAAGAUACGGCUGGUUUUUUCUCAACAAUUUCUUUCAUUUAUGGUUAUUAGCUCCAAGCCCGCUCUGAUAAGUCGAACACUAUUUCUUGACAGUUCAAUAUUUGGUAGGCAAAAAGUCAGGGAUGACUGAUUCAGUAGCAGUUCUCUCUCUUCCCUCAGUUUGACAGCAAGGCAUUCACGGUUUACUCUUUUUCUCUCAUUUUUUUAAAGGUAGAUCAGCAGCUGUAGGAACUGGAUUUUCAUCCCAACUUGUUAGGGUAUCUUUUCUUACUGUAUGCCAUAGAGGGAAGUUGAAUUAAGUUUCAAGAACAUAAUUUGAUCAUGUGAUGAAGUUUGGAUCUUUAUGAUCUUUAUCUUACUACAAACGGCAGAUUAAGAGAUUUUUCUUAGCAAAUUAGUUGUGUUAUUUGACAAUUAGGCGUACGCCAACGCCACUGCAAAA